AUGGAAGAGGAGAAGAAGGAGGAGAAACCAGAAGAGAAACUUGCAGAACCUGAAUCAGCUUUCCCAGAAGCCUUACUGAAAUAUCAAAUUGAGACAAAAGAAGCAGCAAUUGAUCGGGUUUUGUUUGCUCUGAAACAAGUGCAAAAAAAGAAUAAAGAAUAUCAUGAAAGGAACCACCGCCUGAAGGAAGAACAACAGGCACACGUCAGGCACAUACUAAAACAAAUAGAAGAAGAGGAGAAAGAACAAGAUGAAAAGGAGGUUGUAACUAGGGAUGAUGUGGAAGAGGCACUGAAAGCGAAAUGGCAGUAUGUUGCGGACAAAGAACAGCUUCUGAAAGAUCUGCACUCCCAAAUUGAAGAAACUCACCAAAGACUUUCAGUAAAGCAGAGUGAGAGAGAUUAUUUGUUGGAAUACAAAAAUAUAGUAAGUAAAUCACAGGCCAACAAGAUUACGAGUCUGGAAAAAGACAUUAAGGAAGUCAAAGAUGACCUUCAGAGAACUGCAG